AUGAGAGAUGAGACUCCAACCAAGAACAGGAGCUGUCCUGGUCCAAGACCAUCGUUAGGAAGUGGUUCAACAUCAAAUCAAAAGCCAAGGACUUCCAUUCGGAUUAUGGAGUCGAACAAAGUGGGGAUGCAGUGGAGGACCAGCUUCUCAGAGAGGGAUGUGUGCAAGACCAAGAAGAGCAGAACAGAGAGGCUGCCCAGGAAGAACUCGGAUCGGGACUGUCGAGCAGGAAACGGAAUCGACCGCGCCUACAUCACAAACACGCAGGACUACAGGGUGUUCGCUGGUACAUGGAAUGUGGGAGGAAGGUCACCAUCCAGUCAUCUGAAUCUGGAGGACUGGCUCCAUACUUCUCCUGCUGCUGAUAUAUACGUCAUCGGGUUUCAGGAAAUUGUUCCUUUGAAUGCUGGCAACGUCCUCUUGACCGAAGACAAUGGUCCAGCGAAAAAAUGGGUCUCUCUUGUGAGAAAGACGCUAAAUAAUCUGGAUCUCCAGGGCUCUGCCGGGUACAACUACCACACCCCGUCGCCGGCUCCGGAACCUAUCGCGGAGCUUAAUGUCGAUUUCGAGAGAUCGUCAAGAAGACAAAAGAACUCUUCGUUCUUCCACCGGCGUUCGUUUCAGUCCUUGGGUCGAAGCUCAAGAAUUGACAUGAUGGAUCCACACUCCCUAGUGGACCGACGGUUCAGUGUUUGUGACCGGAUUAGCUUUGGGAGCAGGCCAAGCGAUGUUGACACCAGUAUGAGGUGUGGUGGGUCCUCUGAUGAUGAGAAUAUGGACGAGGAAUCACCUGGUGGCACCUUCUUCUCACCAAUGCCAUUUGGAUAUGGUGCUCCACUAUCAACAGAUGACAACAACAGACGGUUGGUAAACUCUAACAGGUAUUGCUUAGUUGCUAGCAAGCAAAUGGUUGGGGUUUUCCUCAUGAUUUGGGUGCGGAGUGACAUAAGGGAGCAUGUGAAGAACUUGAAGGUGUCAUGUGUUGGUAGAGGCUUGAUGGGAUAUCUUGGAAAUAAGGGAUCGAUAUCAAUCAGCAUGUCUCUGCAUCAGACAAGCUUCUGCUUUGUUUGCACACACUUAACAUCAGGUCAGAAGGAUGGCGAUGAACUUAGAAGGAAUGCGGACGUGGUGGAAAUAUUGAGAAAAACCAGAUUCCCACAUGCUCAUGGUGCACGCGACGAGAAGUCGCCAGAGGCAAUUCUUGACCAUGAUCGAAUAAUAUGGGUCGGGGAUCUGAAUUACCGGAUAGCUCUUUCCUAUCGCUCCGUGAAGGCUUUGGUCGAGAUGCACAACUGGAAACAAUUGUUGGAAAAGGAUCAGCUUCGUAUAGAGCAAAGGUUUGGUCGGGUAUUCGCCGGCUGGAAAGAAGGGAGGAUUUAUUUUCCACCCACGUACAAGUACUCAUACAACUCCGACAGAUACGCGGGCGACGAUAUGCAUCCAAAUGAGAAGCGGAGGACGCCCGCAUGGUGCGAUCGGAUUUUAUGGCAUGGCAGAGGCCUAAACCAACUAUGUUACGUCCGCGGCGAGUCUAGAUUCUCAGACCACAGGCCUGUAUACAGCAUUUUCACGGCAGAGGUUAAACUGCCGAGCCAGGCCCAAUUCGGCAGCUUCACCCGGUCCAGCUCCCUAAUGGGGGUGGAUGAACUGCCAUACCCAACUUAUCCACGCAGUUACACAGAUAUCAACUUUUACUGA